CGCUUUUUAUCUGAACUAGAAGUAGAAAUAAGACAAGUAGAGACGAAGCAUUAUCGGAUUGGGUGAAAAACAGUAUCAGUUGCAGAUUACCAUUCUCAUGUUGCACAAAACCCUAAUUUCAUAAACCCUUCCCGUGCAUCCAUUUAUGAAUUCACCGGAAUGAUGAAUAUUCUCUCCUCGCCCCACUUUCGCAUCACCAAAUCUCACUCCCCCCACCGCUAUGGAACUCCGAAGCGAACUCCGAGGCACGUUCCGACCCAACUUCUUCUCCUACGAAGGUCACCCACAGUGCUCUGCAAAUCCUCUUCCGCGACUAACGAACCCGGUUCGGACGAUUUCGUGAGCCGGGUUCUGAAGGAAAACCCGAGCCAAGUGCAACCCAAGUAUCUAAUCGGCGACAAGUUAUAUACUUUGAAAGAAAAGGAGAAUUUGAGAAAAUUAUCCAAUGCGGGUAUUUUAGAUGUGCUCAAGAGGUUGAAAUCAACGAAGCCUCAGAGCAAGAGUGAGAAUGUGAGUGAGGCUUCGGGAGAGAGAGAUUCUGUGUAUUUGAAAGACUUGUUGAAGGAGUAUAGAGGGAAACUUUACGUGCCUGAGCAACUUUUUGGCACAGAGUUGUCGGAGGAAGAAGAGUUUAACAGAAAUGUAAACGAGUUGCCCAAAAUGAGCAUUGAGGAGUUCAGGAAGGCUUUGAGCAAAGACAAAAUCAAGUUGAUAACUUCAAAGGGAGGUGGAGGUCUUUAUAGGGAUUUUGUUGUGGAGUUGAAGGAAAUUCCUGGUGAUAAAAGCUUGCACACAACCAAAUGGGUUCUCAGGCUGGGUAAUGGGGAAGCUCAAGCAAUCAUGGCUGACUACACUGGACCACGAUAUGAGAUCGAGAGGAGCCAUACUAUGUCUUGGGUGGGGAAAACACCGGAGUACCCUCAUCCAGUUGCAACUUCCAUAUCUAGUAGAGUAGUGGUUGAGCUUGCAGUGGUGACAGGCUGCGUGGCUGUAGCAGCAGUUAUAGCUGGUGGCUUCCUUGCAUCAGCAUUUUUUGCUGCAACCAGUCUUGUAGCUGUGAUGGCUGUCUAUGUUGUGUGGCCUAUAGCCAAACCGUUCCUCAAGCUUUUUCUUGGUCUCACCCUAGCAAUUUUGGAGAAGAUUUGGGAUAAUAUUGUUGAUUUUUUCAGUGAUGGUGGCAUUUUGUCUAAGAUAUCUGAGAUUUACACUUUUGGUGGAUUUUCUGCUAGCCUUGAGGCAUUGAAACCAAUUAUGAUUGUAGUUUUGACUAUGGUCCUUCUUGUUCGCUUCACCCUUUCAAGAAGACCUAAAAACUUUAGGAAGUGGGAUCUUUGGCAGGGAAUAGACUUCUCACGAUCUAAAGCUGAAGCUCGUGUUGAUGGUUCAACUGGAGUCAAGUUUUGUGAUGUAGCUGGAAUUGAUGAGGCAGUUGAGGAACUUCAAGAGUUGGUGAGAUACCUAAAAAAUCCCGAGUUGUUUGAUAAAAUGGGGAUCAAACCUCCACAUGGUGUUCUUCUUGAGGGCCCUCCUGGAUGUGGCAAGACCUUGGUAGCCAAGGCUAUUGCUGGUGAAGCUGGCGUUCCAUUUUACCAAAUGGCCGGAUCAGAAUUUGUGGAAGUUUUAGUUGGUGUUGGUUCUGCACGUAUUAGGGAUUUAUUUAAGAGAGCCAAGGUAAACAAACCAUCAGUUGUAUUCAUAGAUGAAAUUGAUGCGUUGGCUACUAGGCGCCAAGGUAUUUUCAAGGAGAACACAGAUCACCUGUAUAAUGCAGCCACCCAGGAAAGGGAAACUACAUUGAACCAAUUGUUGAUAGAGCUUGAUGGUUUUGAUACUGGAAAGGGUGUCAUAUUUCUAGCUGCCACAAAUCGUAAGGAUUUGUUAGAUCCAGCACUUCUUCGUCCAGGUCGCUUCGAUCGAAAGAUCAGGAUUCGCCCACCUAGUGCCAAAGGAAGACAUGAUAUUUUGAAAAUCCAUUCUAGUAAAGUAAAAAUGUCAGAGUCUGUCGAUUUAUCCAGCUAUGCACAGAACCUACCUGGAUGGUCUGGAGCGAGAUUGGCUCAAUUGGUCCAAGAGGCAGCUCUUGUGGCUGUUAGGAAACAGCACAACUCAAUUCUUCAGUCAGAUAUGGAUGAUGCAGUUGACAGACUUACAGUUGGACCUAAACGUGUUGGAAUAGAAUUAGGUUACCAAGGGCAAUGUCGUAGAGCUACUACUGAAUUGGGACUUGCAUUAACUUCUCAUCUGCUUCGGCGAUAUGAGCAUGCAAAAGUUGAAUGCUGUGAUCGCAUCUCAAUAGUACCUCGUGGUCAGACAUUGUCUCAAUUGGUAUUUCAUCGACUUGAUGAUGAAUCAUAUAUGUUUGAACGUCGACCUCAAUUGCUUCAUCGGCUUCAGGUUCUGCUUGGAGGUAGAGCUGCUGAGGAGGUCAUCUAUGGACGUGACACAUCAAAAGCCUCAGUUGAUUACCUUGCAGAUGCAUCCUGGCUUGCACGCAAAAUAUUAACCAUAUGGAAUUUGGAGAAUCCAAUGGUCAUACAUGGUGAACCACCACCUUGGAGGAAGUCAGUUAAAUUUGUUGGUCCAAGGCUGGAUUUUGAAGGGUCUCUUUAUGAUGACUACAACUUGAUCGAACCCCCACUAAAUUUUAAGAUGGAUGAUCAAGUUGCACAAAGGACUGAAGAGUUGAUACGGGACAUGUACAGAAAGACGGUGUCUCUCCUUAGGAGGCACCAUGCUGCUUUGCUCAAAACUAUUAAGGUUCUUCUCGAUCAGAAGGAGAUCAGUGGUGAGGAAAUAGAGUUCAUUCUGAACAAAUACCCUCCACAAACACCUAUAUAUCUUUUGGAAGAGGAAUAUGCUGGUAACCUUCCAUUCACCAGAGAACAAGUGCAUGAUUUGGAGUAUGCCUUAAAAAUUCAAUCAAACGAAGAAACCAUGUGAGUUAUUUCUCUAUCCUCAUCUAAAUCAGUGUUUCAGUUUUGGGAGCUGCACUUCGGCAAGGUCCCCUCCAAAUUCCAAGGAUAUAUAUGCAUGAAGGGCUACUUCGAAGCUUCAUUUUGUUGAGCCAUAAAUUUUGAUCAUGCAAUUUGUAUGAAUUAUAACAUGUUCUAGAGACCUAUUUCUUUUCCAUUUUCUCAACGAAAACGAGAUACUUUGUCUUGAAAAUUGACAUAAUUUACUUUGUGCUGUUCAUGCUU